AUGCUCAACACUGCUGGCUUCCCAAUCAAGAAGUGGGCGUCGAACAUUCCGGAAGCUCUCGCCGGUGUUCCAACGGAAGACCUGGCCCUACAACCACUGCACGAUCUCCAGGACGGGCAGGCCGUUUCCACUCUGGGUCUUGUGUGGGAACCGAGAACCGACACAUUACGGUUCAAGGUCCAACUGCCACCACCGGCUGCGGUACUGACAAAGCGGAAAGUGAUGUCAUACAUCGCCCAAAUCUUCGACCCACUCGGUCUCGUGGGUCCUACCAUCGUAGUUGCGAAACUCUUCAUGCAGCGUUUGUGGGCGCUGAAACACAACGGAGAAACUUGCGAAUGGGAUUCACCGCUUCCGAUCAAGCUUCAACAGGAAUGGAAAGAAUUCCACUCCACGCUACACAUGCUAGGCGAGGUUCGAGUUCCACGAUUCGCAUCUCUUUCGAAUGUCAUCAACCUCCAGCUCCAUUUCUUCUCCGACGCCUCCAAGGGAGCGUAUGGCUCCUGCUGCUACGUACGAGCUGAAACAAGAGAUGGUGUGUCAGUGCAGCUGCUAACUGCGAAGUCAAAGGUAGCUCCACUAUCUAGCCGUCAUUCCAUCGCCCGGCUGGAACUAUGUGCAGCGCGACUGUCGACGCAGCUGUUCCAGAAAGUGUUGGCCGCCCUGAAGAUACCAGCUCCAGCUUACUUCUGGACGGACUCCACUACGGUUCUCCACUGGUUACGGUCACCACCUAACCGUUGGAAGGCAUUCGUAGCCAAUCGAGUGUCACAAAUCCAGCAUGCAGUUGCCGUGAGUCGCUGGAAACAUGUUCCUGGCAUCGACAAUCCAGCAGACGAUAUCUCACGGGGAUUGAAUCCAAUCGACAUUCUGCAAUGCAAGCGUUGGUGGAACGGUCCUGACUGGUUGACACGCUCUCCGGCGAACUGGCCGAAUCUCCUUCCGGUCGAUGAAGACGCCGAAGCUUCCACCGAAGAGAUGCGGAAGGUCCCAGUAGUUUCGAUGGGCGUCGUACAAAGCAAUUUCCACGACGAGCUGUUCGCCCGUUUCUCCAGCUUCUCUAAGCUUCGUCGUGUCAUUGCGUUCUGUUUGCGAUAUCUUCGAUCUUUGCAAGAACGCGCCAUGUUUCGCCGCACCGAUCCGGAAAAGUACAAUCAGCUCACCCUCAACGAUGGGGAAGUCGCUCCUCUUACCUCCGGAGAACUACAAACCGCGGAGGUGCACCUCUGUCGUCUCGCACAACGUCAGUCGUUCGCUGAAGAACUUUCGGAUUUGGCCAGCGGGGAAAGAGUCACCAAAUCGUCAGCGUUGAAAUGGCUGAAACCGUUCGUCGAUCAGAACGGCCUUAUUCGUGUCGGUGGCCGGCUGCGCAACGCCGCCCUCUCCGACUUCGUGAAGCACCCCAUCGUGCUUUCUGCCAAACAUCCGCUGUCGACUCUGCUGGCUGGUUUCUUUCACUUAAAGCUACUGCACGCAGGCCCUCAACUCCUGCUAGCCACGCUGCGCCAGAAAUACUGGAUUCUCGGCGGCAGAAACUUAACAAAAUCCGUCUUUCACCAUUGCCACACUUGCUUUCGUAGCAAGCCCACACUAGUCCAGCAGAGCACAGCGGAUCUACCGGCAUCCCGAGUCUCACCAACUCGACCUUUUUCCGUCUGCGGCGUCGACUAUUGUGGACCGUUCUUCAUCAAGCCAACCGUCCGCAAUCGUGCACCAACGAAAGCCUACGUAGCGGUCUUCAUCUGUUUUGCGACAAGGGCCGUACACAUCGAGCUUGUGAGCGAUCUUACCACAGCUGCAUUUCUAGCAGCACUUCGUCGUGUCGUCGCCCGCAGAGGAAGAAUCGCCGAGCUGCACUCGGACAAUGCGACGACGUUCAAGAGUGCGUCUCACGCACUCAACCGCGUCUACCAAAUGCUGAAGGUGGACAAUGCCGACCGAGAUAGGAUCUUCAAUUGGUGCUCCGAGAAUGAGAUUCGGUGGAAAUUCAUCCCGCCGAGAGCGCCACACUUCGGAGGCCUGUGGGAGGCCGCCGUCAAGUCAGCGAAGAAGCACCUGCUCAAGAUUGUCGGCAACAGCAGCAUCGCCUACGAGCCGAUGGUAACUCUUUUGGCCCAGGUCGAGAUGUGCCUGAACUACCGUCCGCUGACGCCGAUGCCGAGUGAGCCGUCGGAUCUGGAGGUCUUAACACCAGGACACUUUCUCGUCGGGUCUAACCUGCAAGCGGUACCCGAAGUUGACCUACGUGAAAUUCCCGAUAACCGUCUGGAAUCGUACGAGCUUGUCCAGAAGCACCUGCAGAACAUCUGGGCUCGCUGGUACCCGGAAUAUCUUCAGCAGCUGCAGUCCCGAGCUACCAAGGGCUGCAAUCCUCCGGUCGCCGUUGAGGUCGACCGCAUCGUCGUCAUCAAGGAGGACAAUGUCCCUCCUGCCAGCUGGCCGUUCGGAAGGAUUAUCAAGCUACAUCCGGGCAAGGAUGGUGUCGUCCGAGUAGUGACACUACGGACUGCACCGGGAAAGGACAUCGUUCGUGCGGUUGCGAAGAUCGCCCUACUGCCGUCACCAGAUACAAGCCUAUAA